AUGGGAUCGGAGCUUCACUUCUGGACCGUUGUAUGUACAUUGGAGCAUUACGAAACCGAAAAUCAGGACAUGUUGAUCUUUUACGAAGAUUCAAUUCUCCGCAUGAAAGCUGUUCCAUCAAAUCGCCAUAUUGUGGCGCACUUUCUGAAGAACCAUGGCAGACAGAUACUUUAUGAAGUAGUUGUUGUACCAGCGGAUCUUCAGAAAAACAAAUAUGACAAAUACUUGUCCCUAGAUAUGUAA